AAAACACUCCCAUAUCAACCAAAAAAAAAAAAACUUUCAAGAAAGUACAUAUACAAGACGCCCCAAAAAAUAAAAAACAGAGCUUUUUCACUAUGAGAACCAGUAACCAUUUAAUAGGUCUAGUAAAUUUCUUAACAUUUCUUGCAUCAAUCCCAAUCUUGGGUGGUGGAAUAUGGCUAAGUAGCAGAGCAAACAACACAGAUUGCUUAAAAUUUCUUCAAUGGCCCUUAAUAGUUAUUGGGGUUUCUAUUAUGGUUGUUUCUUUAGCAGGUUUUGCUGGUGCUUGUUAUAGAAACACUUUCCUUAUGUACCUUUACCUUUGGGCUAUGUUUUUUAUCAUUGCUGCUUUGAUUGGAUUUGUCAUAUUUGCUUAUGCUGUCACUGAUAAAGGGUCGGGUCGACCCGUUAUGAACCGGGUCUACUCAGAGUACCAUUUGGAAGAUUACUCUGGGUGGUUGGAAGAAAGAGUUGCAAGUCAGAGUUAUUGGUCAAAAAUCAGUUCUUGUAUUAGGGAUUCUCAUGUUUGUGGUAAGAUGAGAAGGACUUAUAAUAGAGGAAUUCCAGAGCCUGUUGAGGUGUUUAAUCUUAGAAGGCUUAGUCCUCUUGAGUCUGGUUGUUGCAAACCCCCUACAGAAUGUGGGUACACUUACCUGAAUGAGACGGUGUGGAACCCAGGAAGCGGGAUCGUAGGAAGUGAUCCUGAUUGUGGUAGAUGGAGCAAUUAUCAACAGCAACUCUGCUAUAACUGCAACUCUUGCAAAGCUGGUGUUCUGGCAAGUCUGAAAAAGAGUUGGAGGAAAGUGUCUGUCAUCAACAUUGUCAUAUUGAUCAUUCUUGUGAUUAUGUAUAUGGUUGCAAUAGCAGCCUUUAGGCACAACAAACGGAUCGAUAAUGACGAGCCUUAUGGAGAAACUAGGAUGGAGAAAUCUCAACCAAGCAGGAUACACUUCUAAGAGCUUCCACAUGACAAGACAGUAAAGCUUGUAAUGUAUUUUUCCUAUGUUUGCCAUUGCUAUCUUGUUAGAACAAAAUGCUUUCAUCAUACUUCACCUGCCCCUUCUUUUCCCCCAAGAAAAUUGACUAUAUAUCUUAUAUUUUUCAAUCGAUUCUCCAAAACUUUUUA